UUAUUUUUAUGUUAAGUUUUAGUCACAAUUAGAUGUAUUCAAAAGAUAAACAAGACAGCAAUUUUCUUACCAAAUCAAUAAAUGCUACAUAUAUCCCUGCUUUUAAGAAGACGCUGGAAGCAUAGAUUUUCACCUCGUUUAUUAAGUUGACCAUAGUUGGUCAAUUAAGUUCAGAGAUUGUUGACAGACAAAACAUAUGUUCUUGAAAUGGAACCUAGCACAUCAAAGGGAAAAGUUCGGAAGUCACUGCUGCCAAAACCGCGUAAAUGCUUUUGUUAUGUCAGCCUUAAGGUCGGCAUCAUUUUAAUGGCUGUCACCAACACUAUCAUUCACAUAGUGUCUCUCCUGAUGCUUGUCAUGAGGGUCCUCAAAUGGAGUGAAAUCUAUCAGCUCAAGAUAAAUGGGAAAUUAAACAUAACCGAUGUGGAAACUUUGGAACAAUCAUAUGAUUUCUUUCAUGUGUUUGUUACAAGAGUUGCGUCUUCAUCGACAUCGAUGAGCCACAUAAUCCUGACUACAAUGCUGUUUCGUGGUCUCAUAAAAUCCGAUCUCACAUUGGUGAAGUCAUUUCUAAUAAUCGGAAUAUUUUUAUUACACUGGGAAGUGUACUCUAAAAUGUACUUCUUGACCGUCUCAAGCAUGCAUGCAUUCAUCGAAGCGCCUUUUGUCUUCAUGUCGAUCCUCGUCAUUAUUAUUUACUUCUUUCUAGGCCACUACAUGCUCCUAAUGGUCAACAGUUAUCUCAAUUUGUCUUUUGAAAAAUUAAGACAAGAUGAAAAUCCAGAGAAACUAAAAAAAUAUGUUAAACCAUCUAAUUAAUGUAUUGAAAACAAUGAGAAAUUAGUGAUUAAAUAUUGCUGAGAUAAUUUAAAUAAUUACAGAAUAUAAUAGUACAAGGCACAUGGACUAAAAUAAACACCAUAAAUUAGCUGAUGUUGCGAAUAUACUAAACCCUCAAGACCUAUUGGUAAAGCUGAGACUGUAGUAACUCACCCCCAAAACAAAAUACAUACUGUACAAUAACUGACUUUUUUAUUAUUAUUUCAUAACUAACCAUAAAUAUUAAA